ACGGCGGUGGUAUUUACAAUGGAACCACCAAGGCUUCAGUAUUUACGGUAACGAGGGCCGGCCCUGGCGGCGGUAUUUACGGUAACGGGGUGCCGGUCCCGGCGGCGGUUUUUACGGUAACGGGGGCCGGGCUCGCGGAGGCCCGUCGGCGCGGCCCGCUCGCCGCGUUAUCAGGUGAUCUCCAGCCCAGGCGGCCGCCACCCCCUGCACCCAGCGGAAAAUGCAAAAUGGCCCUCCGGGACAGUGAGGGGCCGUGGCGCCCGGCCCGGGCCCUCCGCACCCCCAGCCCGCAGCCUGUGGGCGGCAGCGCCGCGCCGGGUCCGGGUGCAGCCCCCUCCCGCCCCUCCGCCGGGGCCGCAGCCUGAGCCCCGCGCCCCCCCGCACCCCGCGUCCACAUGGGUCUGUGCUACAGUCUGCGGCCGCUGCUCUUCGGGGAUCCGGAGGACGUCCCCCGCGCCGCCUCGGAAGAGCCUGCGGAAGACGCUCGGCCCGGCCCGGCCCCGGCCCCGACCCCCGCCCGAGCCCCGGCGGCGGUGGGGGGAGACGCGGCGCCGACCCCGCUCCCUCGGGGCGCCGGCGGGAGCCCGGCGUGCACGCGGCCCAAAGCCACCCCGAAGAAGGAGCGGCGGCGGCGUCCGGAGCAGCUGCGAGCCGAGGAGGGCGAGGCGGAGCGCGAGGCGAGGAAGGUCAGCAGGGGCAUCGACCGCAUGCUCCGCGAGCAGAAGCGCGACCUGCAGCAGACGCACCGGCUCCUGCUGCUGGGGGCUGGUGAGUCUGGGAAGAGCACUAUCGUCAAACAAAUGAGGAUCCUGCAUGUCAAUGGAUUUAAUCCUGAGGAAAAGAAACAGAAAAUUCUGGACAUCCGGAAAAAUGUUAAAGAUGCUAUUGUGACAAUUGUUUCAGCGAUGAGUACUAUCAUACCUCCAGUUCCACUGGCCAACCCAGAAAACCAAUUUCGAUCAGACUAUAUCAAGAGUAUAGCUCCUAUCACCGACUUUGAAUAUUCCCAGGAAUUCUUCGAUCAUGUGAAGAAGCUCUGGGAUGAUGAAGGCGUGAAGGCGUGCUUUGAGAGGUCCAACGAGUACCAGCUGAUUGACUGCGCACAAUACUUCCUGGAGAGAAUCGACAGUGUCAGUUUGGUGGACUACACACCCACAGACCAGGAUCUUCUCAGAUGCAGAGUCCUGACAUCAGGGAUUUUCGAGACCCGAUUCCAAGUGGACAAAGUAAACUUUCACAUGUUUGACGUCGGCGGCCAGAGGGACGAGAGAAGAAAAUGGAUCCAGUGCUUUAACGACGUCACAGCUAUCAUUUAUGUCGCCGCCUGCAGCAGCUACAACAUGGUGAUUCGGGAAGAUAACAACACCAACAGGCUCAGAGAGUCCCUGGACCUCUUCGAAAGCAUCUGGAACAACAGGUGGUUACGGACCAUUUCUAUCAUCUUGUUCUUGAACAAACAGGAUAUGUUGGCAGAAAAAGUCUUGGCAGGGAAAUCAAAAAUUGAAGAUUAUUUCCCAGAGUAUGCAAAUUAUACUGUUCCUGAAGAUGCAACACCAGAUGCAGGAGAAGAUCCCAAAGUGACGCGGGCUAAGUUCUUUAUCCGAGACCUGUUUUUGAGGAUCAGCACAGCGACAGGGGAUGGCAAACAUUACUGCUACCCGCACUUCACCUGUGCCGUGGACACCGAGAACAUUCGCAGGGUGUUCAACGACUGCCGUGACAUCAUCCAGAGGAUGCACCUCAAACAGUACGAACUCUUGUGAGGCAGCCCUGGGGGGGGGAGGGGGGGAGGGGGGCGAGGGGCGCGCCUUCUCGCACCUUCUCUCCACCUGCCUCUCCUCCCUUGGCCACCCUGCCAGGUGGGGCAUUUACUCCAGCACCGUCAGCCCCAAGCCAUGGUCGAAAGUAGGGUGUUCUCAGUCUCGUCCGGCUGCCACCUGUCCUGUUCUGUGUUGGCUCCCGUGUGACCACCAAGCCUCUGGCUACCUCUGUUCCCCUCGGGUUUGGUUUGUAGCUUUUGUCUUCACUGAGCGCAACCUCCCCCAGCGCCCCCACCCGCACCCCUUUGUGCCACUGCAGACCACGCUCACGCGGGUGGUGCUGCAGUGAAAUCUGGCCGGGUGAGGGCCCCGCUUAUUCAUCCACUCAGUGCUUUAUUGAUUCAGCAGGAGCUUGAUAAAUGGGGGAGGAAUGGCACUUUGUUCCCAACUUAUCAAGCACGACUGCAGAGGCAGGGGUACGAUGCGGUCAGGCGGACAAGUGGCCGCCCCUUCGGAGCUGCGUUGGCCCACGAGCUAGGCCAGACCUCAAGUCACAGAGUGGAGAGAAACCCUUUUUUCAGUCCCAUUUGAGUCGCUGCCAACCUCAGGCAUUAAAUUAGACCUACUUUGAGCCUUUCACAUUUAGGCAGACAACCUACCACACGCACCGCUGCAGUGUGUCCUGUCUCAGAAUGACUCUCCAGACUCGGACUAUGCUUGGACAAGAGUCUCCUUCCAUAUCUUGUUGUUGUUGUUGUUGUUGUUGUUUUAUGGCUGGUUUACUAUAACUGUACAGACCACCAAAUGUAACAUUAUUUUAUAUAACUACUUAAAAAAUCCUUGUAGAUCUUUGUGCCUUGAUUUUGGCUCUAUCUGUACAAGAAAUGCGUUUUUCUCGUGCUGAACAGCUAAAUGUCAACAGUACCUGCUGCUUGCUCUAAAAAAGAGAAUGGUAUCUGUAGAAUUUAGGAUAUUUUAUCAGGUUAGUACUUUUAAAAAUAUCCUUGAUUAAAUAUAAAUAUACACACACAUAUAUAUAAAUUAUACACACGAAUCAUUCCCAUCUUACCAUUUUGUACCCACCUCACAAGCUUCUUUCAGAAACCAAGGAUUUUUUCCUCCAGACAAUAUGUCUUUUGAUUAUUUUGCAAUUUAAAGACUUUUACAAGCUCUCUGAGUAGAAAUAGGCCAAGCAUUCCCUUAGCCUGAGCUUUUGAACCACUCCCUUGACCACAGUUUCUAUUGUAAACAAGUAGCAAGAAGGAGACACAGGGGUGUCUGUGUUUGUGUCCAGCCUGAGAGAAUCAAAAGAUGGCAUCUCCAUUUGCCUCUUGAAGAAGAAAUACUACAAAACCCUUAUUUGAAAUGCAAAGUCAAAAUCUAUGCCUGUUUCUCGCAAGCGGAAGAUGUGCAAACGCAGCCGCAAAAGUUAGAGUACGAUACAGUAUCUAGAAAGAGACAAUCGCUUUUAGCAGUGAUGCUUCAUAUUCUACCCACAGCCACGCCUUGGAGGCUAGUUUUCUUAGGUCCAAGGUAAUCUGCAAACACGCCCAAAGUUGUAUUUCAACAAUACGAAUCCAGAAGUGAUAGCCUAUAUAUAUAUAUAUAAAUAUAUAAUAUAAAUACAUUUAUAGCCUAGCUGACGUCACUUCAUUUCCUUUAGUCUUUAAUAUUUUAAAGUUUACUCUAGAAGGCAGCAUUUUAUAAUCGUUUAUAAAUGCAUCCAGAUUUAAAUACAACUUGUCCAGGGAAGAGAGGAUGACAACUUUCCAGGCGAUCAGUGUCAUAAACACGUAAUUUAUGUCAGCAUCACUAAAUUCUGGGCCUCUCGUUCCUGUUGUGUAAAACUCUGAUUUGAAAUGAGACACGUAAAAUGGAAAUUAUUGUCUUUCCGUUGCGCUUUCAACGUACAACACGAAGAACUGCAGAGCUGCACCCCCACGUGUACACAAAAAGCGAAGUUGUACGCUGUUACUUACAUUAUCACUCAGCAGUUCCCUUGCAACUGAACUUCCUAUUCAGAGACAGAGCCAGGCUCGUAGAAGACACACAGAACACAUUUUAUCUGGCUUAAAAUUAUCAAAACAUAUUUAUUUUUAAAUACCAAAAGCCACUUCCCAGUCCUUUUUUCAAGUUUCUUUGGAUCGUGGACGGGCAUUACAUUCACAUUUAACAGCCUGGUCUGCUGGAGAGAAAAUUACACUUCUCAAAAAAUCUGAUUCCAUUAUUAGCACAGAAGUACAAAAGUCUGCGAAAACAAUAUAUUCCUGCUUGUGGCAUCUGUACUUUUAUUAUUUUAAGUGUACAGCUUUAUAACAUAUAAGAGUUUGAGGACCACUUUGUAGGGGGACAGAAGCAAACCCAGUGUUUGUGCAAACACAAUCCCGAGUGUGUUCCUGGGCCGCUGGCUCUACCUUGGGGGACGUAGGACAGUCUAGUGCAUGCAAGUGAUGACUUUAAUAGCUUUUACAUAUUGUACAGACACGAUCUUUGAUUAUACAUAUAUUUGAUAAAAUGAGAAAACAGACUUGUUGUAGAGUACACGUUCCAUUUUUAUAGCAUGAGAACAGUACCAUCAACUAUUUAUUCUGCAGGAAUUCGCAUCAGUGAUUUACAGUUUCUGUGAUGUGUGUAAAGACAGCCUCCUUUGAUCUCAUCUCACAUGAGCCCUGCCCAAGGUCCAGUUUCUUGGGCUUUGUUAUUUACUAUGAAAUACAAAAGUCUCCUGCUCUUUACGUGGUCUUAAAUUUUCUGAGCAGGUUCCAGCCAAAAAUAAGAGAUGAGGGUAGAAGCCCAGAGUGAACUAAUAUGAGGACCACCAGGAGCCCAGCUGCUACACAGUAUGUGGCCAGAACGGUGUUCUCGUGGGGGAGGUAGCACUUGGCGAGGGCGUACUCUGUGGGCGUCAUACUGCCCUGGAAAGGCAAUGAGAACUGUUACUGCCGCAGUGAGAGCCCUCCCACAGCACCACACAACAGACUUAGACACAACAGGGGAAAGACAGCCAUCUUGGCUGAGCCAGGUGAGGCCAGGAAGUGGCUCUCCUUCUGAGGCCUUCGGCCUCCACCCACCAACCACAAGCACUGGUUGGAGACAUGAAGGGAAGGCUCCCGGUGUGCCGAGCGGAGCUGAGCUCCCCACUGAAACUAGCCCCUGGCACAGCAGGUCCCCAGUGCAGUGGGCACACACGACAGAGGUGCAAGGGGCUAGAGAGUCACAUCAGUGGUCACUGAGAAACAAGCACAACAAGGCCAUUUCUCAUGCCAUUUCAUGCAGCCUGUUACCCAGAAAUGCACGUGCCAGGGGCAACUCAGGGGGCUUUUUUGGUAGAUGUUUUUGCGAUGUGGAAUGACACUGAGGAAUGGUCUCAUUUACUUUGAAUUUGAAAACAUGAAGGUUUCCCCAAUCUUUUCAUGAAGUAAAAGUACCUGACAUAAAAGCAUUAGGAACUGGGUAAAAUCAACAUUGGGGGGCCACUAACUGAAACAACAUGUCAAGUCAACUUGCAAGAGCUGUAGCAUUCUCCUGCCCUAAGACAAGAUGAUGUCUUGUAAGACAAGAUGAUGGCGUACAGCCAAUAAAGACAGCAUCCCGUUUCUUAAGAAAAUUAGAAACGCAGAGCCUCCCAUCUGAGGACGGUGCGGUCUGUGGAGAUGACACAACCCUCAGGAUACCCCCCCCCCAGGGCAAUGCCCUGCUCUUGUGUCCCCAGAGAGGCGUGCAGACAGGGGUCAGUGGAUCAAACCAAGUGUGCAUGGGGGGCAGGGCAAGUCUGUAUUUACAGGGUUUGUAUGUUUUUACGGAUUGCAGCAAUUAAAUAGUUGAUUACUGUGUUGAUUUCAAUACUUCUAUGAGAGCGUUCGGAUGAAAAUAAACGUUCAUAUUACCAUGA